UAUAGAAUUAAGAUACAUAAAAAUACAAAUUUUUAAAAUCAAUACAAAUGAAUAAACACAAGAAAAUAGUUUCCGUCUGUACUACUCCCAUCGCGUAAACUUAAUAAAAAUAAUUAAUACUCGUUCGUUUCUCGUUAAAGAUAAUUGCUACAGUUUUUCGCCGACUUAAACAGUUCGGAUUUCGGUACAAACGGGUAAUGUACAUAGUGUUAAUUAGGGACCAAUAAGAACCAAACGUGACUCUUAGAAACUUUCUUUCAAUAAAAUAAAUAAAUAAAGACGAGAAAUCAUACUAGUGCCUAAAGACAUUUGAGCCUUCUAAAGGAUGGGUACCAGCAACAACCACAACCUGAGCCUCCAGUUUCGUCCGGGUUUCUCCUUUGAAGACCUUUACGAUAACAUGACCGUCAAUAAUUCCAGUAACGGAUCGAUAACAAACACGUCGAUUAUCCGAUCUCCUUAUCCAAGCGGAUACACGAUGCCACAAAUCGUCGUGGCAUCAAUCGUUGUCACCAUGCUGAUGAUUGUUGUCGUUGUAGGUAACAUGUUGGUGAUUAUUGCGAUUACUACGGAGAAAGCGUUAAAGAAUAUUCAAAAUUGGUUUAUUGCUUCGUUGGCCGUGGCCGAUUUCUUUUUGGGAUUGGUUAUCAUGCCUUUUUCGUUAGCCAACGAAUUAAUGGGCUAUUGGGUCUUCGGCACUUGGUGGUGUGAUAUUCAUUCGGCCAUGGACGUUCUUUUGAGCACUGCAUCCAUUAUGAAUUUAUGUCUAAUCUCUUUGGACAGAUAUUGGAGUAUAACGCAAGCUGUUGAAUAUCUAAAGAAGAGAACUCCUAUGAGGGCAAUUCUUAUGAUAGCUGCCGUUUGGAUUUUGUCCGCGUUGAUUUGUAUCCCUCCAUUAUUGGGAUGGAAGGUUGCAAGAACCCACGAGGAAUUAUAUCCUACGUGUCAGUUAAGCGAAGAGUUGGGUUACGUGCUGUACUCCGCCCUGGGUUCGUUCUACAUUCCGUCUUGUAUUAUGGUAUUUGUCUACAUCAGGAUAUAUUACGCAGCUAAAGCCAGAGCCAGAAGGGGAAUAAGAAAACCUCCCAGAAGAUCAGCUCAAGAUGCCCAAACAAGUUUUACAGCCGCUAAAAACGGCGGUAAAAACGACUCGUUGGAGGAAACCGUUGACAAGAACAGCAACACUUCGCCGAGGGAUAGCCAGAGACAAAUAGCCACCAUAGAAUCUCACCCAAGACCAAUGCCCAUUCCAACAGUCACGUGUGAUUUAGCCUCGGACAUCUCGACAAGUGAUGCUGGUGAGGUUCUUUCAGAUCCUCAAGAAGGCAAAGACACGUUAAAGGUCUUUUCCGGUCCACAACUGCGACCGCUGGGUCAAUGUGCAUUUAGAGGAUCGACAUUGUCGGUGAACGGAGAGCUUCAACAACAAGCAGCUGCCAUAGCGAGAGCGAGACAACCAUCUGUCGGUGUGGACAUGGACAUGGUAAGCGAAUUCGAUCCCAGCAGUUCCGAUUCUGGGGUCGUCUCUAGGUGUACUAACGUCAAACCGCUCAAGCUCCGAUUUUGCAAGCCGAUCUUUGGCAAGAAGGGUGCCAAGGCCCGGCGGGACACUCAAGGGAACAUCGCCGGCAGCAACGAACCGAUCGUCGAACAAGUCGUCCCUAGGAUUCAAAAACCAAGAGAUCCAGAACGGGAGAAGAAGAGGAUAGCGCGGAAGAAGGAGAAGAGAGCCACGCUGAUUCUGGGAUUAAUUAUGGGAUCGUUUAUCGCCUGUUGGUUGCCGUUCUUCUUUAUGUACAUUCUACGAUUGGCGUAUCCGAUGCCGGGAGUAGCGUUUGCUACAGCAUUUUGGUUGGGAUACAUGAACUCAGCUCUGAAUCCUGUCAUCUACACCAUAUUCAACAAGGAUUUCAGAAGGGCGUUUAGGAGGAUAUUGUUCAAGUGAUGUUUAGCGUACGUGUGCUGCUACGAGUGCGUCAGCAGAAGGAUUAGGACCGCGCAGUAUCGCAGUGCACCAAGUGCUUUGUACAGACACUAAAUAAAAUCGACAAUCUCUACGACAACAAACAAAAUAGUCCAGAGUCGAAGCCGGGUGAGUGAUUAUUCCCGACUCAAUGAUAGAUAGUGACAAUUUUCUAAGUUUUUAAAAGGUUUUAGAAAUCGUGAAACAUGUUAGAUAGUUUAGGAAAAUUUGAAUCGUUUAUGAUCUCCGAGUUUGUAGAAGAGUGUUUAGAGUUUUCUCAAAAGAGAUUAAAGUGUACUGUGAUAAAUCGUAGAGAAGCAGAACGAAUCAAAAAGCGUGCUACAUAUCCCAAGGUAAGAAGAAACGUUAUAACCAAAAGGGGUAAAAAGGGUUUCAUUUUUAAUACAUUUUCUUAGUAGUAUACUUUCGGUUAACGUUUAAAUGUUACCUUUCCCCUGUAAAUAUUGUAAAUACUUUCGCAAUUUUAAAAUCGUCUUAAAUUGUAAUUCUAUUGUUAUCGAGAUUAAACUCGGAGAUUUUAGAUGAAACUAAAUUAUUGUGAAAUUAAUAAUAAUCACUAUGUGAGCGACUUAUAUUGUUCUUAUACAUAUAUACUUUUAUUGAGGGAUAAAACUCGAUCAAACUAUUACUUUACACUUAAUAGGGUGUGUUUAAAUUUGAAGGAAAAUUAACUUAACACAUCCACCCUGUAUACAAGGUGGAGCACCGACAGUACGGUCAAGCUUAUAAUAACACUUUAUCGUACUCUCUGUGUGCCCAUAUGACAUCUAAGAAAUAUGGAGCAAUGAUACCACUGUGAUAAAUACAAACGCUUUUCUGAAAAUUAUAGUAACACUUAAAUACUUUUACCUUUAAAAUAUUAUAUAUUAUAUGAAUAUAUUGUAUAAAAUCCAAAUUUAAAAUUAACCCUUAAUGAAAAAAUAAAAAACACAAAUCUUUAUCUCCUUGAUGUUGAUACAUAUACCACUUACUAUAUAUUAUAUGAUAUUAUAUUAACAAACCAAAUAAUAUUGUAAAUAUCCAAAUCUAUUAUCGUAAAAUUAAAUUAUAAUAAAAAUUGUACGAACGAAACUACUACUACAUAAAAAAUAAAUUUUAAUUAAAAUAAACUAAUAAUCGAUAUAGGAUCAAUUUCUAGACACCAAUUUAAGCGCAACCAAAAACCUCUGGAGUCUUCAGCAUACACGCCUUUUGUACGCAGAUUCCAGCGGACGUCUUCCAAACGCGGAGGGGCGGAGGGGCCGCGCCCCCGCGACGCGGCGCCCCAUUUGCAACGAAACCAAAUUCAAAACAACUAAAAAUAUUAAACACUAUACAUAUUAUACUGAGUUAAUGGUGCUAUUCGAAGUUUACGCCCCGACGCCCGGCGCCGCCCCGCGGCUGCCGUUCGGAUGCUACACGAGCCCGUGGCAUCCGGACGGAACUUUAAGUAGCCCCCGUUCGGCCCCGCCCGCCGUCGCUCGCACUGUAAAUUACUGUACAUUUUAUUAAAAUACUAUAGACGGUAGCAGAGAUGCGCUGUCACCAACGCCGUGAACUCAACAAUUAGCGAGCCAACCACUACUUGUCUGUGUGUGUACGUUCGAUCUCUUGUGAAUACGUUUCGUGUAUAUUCAAAAAAAAUACAAAGAUUAUAAUUAUUAAUUAACUUUUAAGAUAUACAUAUGUUUAAGUCGAAAUAAAGAUAAUAUUGAAAAGCUA